GACGACUACAGUACUAUCACUUCUUGUCUUCAUAACAAAGUACAUUUUAUAUUUGUCUCAUCCACCAUUCAGGUCAAUCAACCAAUCUGUGUCACGCACCAUGGGAAGAUGUAUUGACGUUUGCAUGCUGGUCUUAUGGGUUCCAGUUUGUGUGACCUUCAUUGUCUUGGGUGCUGUGUACAUUGAUGACUGCCCAGUGAAACGUGUCAUCCCUGUCCACAUGAUCAUUUCUGGAUCUUUCGGUCUCCUCUAUGCAUUCUCUUCCUGCUACAAGGACCGUGUUGUGUGCCAACAUUUGUCUAAACUAUUUUGGUUCAUGAUCAUCGUCUGGUGCAUUAUUGGCCAUAAUUGGAUCUUCUCUGUAUUCCAGCCCAACUACGAACGGAAAGGGAUCAUCGGCUACAAAUACUGCAACAAAUCUCUAUACAUCUUUGCGGCUUCUACCACCAUCAUAUUGGAAAUCUUUUUAAUUGGGCGGCUGCUUGGGUUGUUCAGUGUUUGUAAGUUGUUCAUGCUUUGUCUGGUCUGCUGUGUCUCUUUAUGCAAGUCUGAUGAUGUCAAACCUGAUCAGGUUGUUGAGCCUUUGAGGUGUGUGGAGACUGAGAGGUGUGUGGGGACUGACGGAAGUGUGGGGACUGAGGUGUGUGUGGGGACUGACGGAAGUGUGGGGACUCAGGUGUGUGUGGAGACUGAGGUGUGUGUGCGGACUGACGGAAGUGUGGGGACUGAGGUGUGUGUGGGGACUGACGGAAGUGUGGGGACUCAGGUGUAUGUGGAGACUCAUGAGAGUGUGGGGCAUGAUGAGAGUGUGGGGACUAAGGAGUAUGUGGUAACUGAGCAGAGUGAGUCCAACACUGCUCAUUAUUAAUGCAAUUCACUAUUCACAUUAGUCAUUUACAUGAAUUUGUCUCCUUUGGGGGGUGAGAUAAUAUAAUAAUGUAGAUGUCAUCAUAAACAAAUAAGCAACAAUGGGUAAAUUGGUGCCAUUAUGUUGCCAAAUAUCAGAAGAUUAAAAUAAAAAUAUAAAUUCCCACUUUGACUUUCAAGAUUUAAAAUGUACCUUGGUAGACAAAUAUUAUUGUUACCAUUGUUGAGCAGAAUUAUAAUCAUUUGGCUAAUAGGCUGCUGUUCCACUUCACAGACACCCCCCUAAAAUAGUUUAGUGGAACAGCCCAUCAAUCAAAAGGCACACCUGAAGAAAAUGGACUGGUGUGUUAAAAGGCCGACUUCUGGUCCCAUUCUGCCCCUGCUGUAAUUCGUAAUUCAUUACAAUUAUAAUAACUCAUUGGAUCAAAUUGUGUGAUGAUCAUCUUAGUCCUUGACAAAUAGUAGGCCUAAGCUUAUGGAUCUAUUGUCUGUUACCAAUAUCAGCAAUAAAAUAAGCAGCAUCUUGUUUACUUGGAAUGAACAGAGCACAUAAUGCAAAUGAAUACAAGUCAGACAGAGAUUAAAUCGAAGAUUGAAUGUUUUAUGGCUCAAUUUGAAUUGAUCAAAUGUGUGUUGUGUUCUUUCACAAUAAACAGGCCAGGGCUUCUA